UGUUGUUCUUAAUAUGUUAAGGUACUUCUCAAACUGUUGCUAAUGUGCGUAAGGUGUGUCGCACAUUGCAACAGACUCAGUCAAACAGAAUUGCUUUUGAUUGUUUGUGUUGUAUGCUUGUUUGAUUUAUAUUCCUUGGAGUGUUCUGUCUUAAGCUUUGUGUGCAGUUUUUCUUUUCUAUCCGGGGAUUAUCGGUCAUUUUGACAAUAUACAUCUUUGCACUGCAUAUUUCAAUGUUCACAUGAUCAUAGAGAAGCAUGCAAGACAACACCAAAUACACUCGAAAUUGUCACACAGGUUUGUAACCCUUUUGUAUUUACGUUAUUCAAAUUACCAACUUUGACAGAUAGUGUUUAACAUAAUUAUGUUUUAAAUUUUCCGCGUGAGAGAAUCACAAAAGGAGAAGCCGUUUUUAUACAACACGGAAGGAAAAGUAAAUUAAACCUGUUAAUGGCAGUACUUACGGUUUACACUGACAAUCAGUGCGGUUGUUAUCUAAAUAUUUACCGGCUUCUUCGAUCAAGAGUGAAAUUUAUAGCAUUUAUACUUUCUUGGUGUGUGCAUGAAGAAUGUCACAAAAAAGGCGAGUGUUAAGUUGAAAUGUAAGAUUUAAAUUUAACGACUAUUCUUUCGAUUUUAGAGCUGUUCUGUAAUCAGGAGUAAUAUUUACGCGUUGUUAGAGAUAAAAUGAAUCAAAAAGCUGAAAGAAAAAGAAAUGUUCGUCCAAAGAAUGAUGGACAAGUUAAGAACAUUUCGCUGCCGUUUGACUUUAGACACGAUCUCCAUAUCGGUCAAGAAGAGUACGACGAAAGACGGGUAGAUGAUCGCCCUGUUUCACCGCCAGCGCCUUGCCCUGGUAGUAAAGACAGUUCAGGAGAAGGAUCGUUACCAGGCCCAAGCAUUUCACAAAUUAUCAAAGAGGACGUUAUACCUGCUCUACGCUCUGAGAUAGGUGAUAUUGUUGAAGAGAAGAUAAGAAAGAUACUUAAUGAAAAUGAAGUCCGUCGUUGUGAAACAUGUAAAACAUGUCCGUGUGCCGGAAAGGAAAUCAGAAACAUUGAGGAAUCUUCGUAUGAUGCCGAGCCAGAUUAUAAUUCUAAUGCAAACCGAGUAGCAUGUUCCACUGUGCUAUCUGAAGACAGUGACAUCCAAAACAGCCAAACUGGUAUGAAGGUGAUUGCAGUAAGUGACAUUCAAGACAUAGAGGGCGAACAGAAUUUCCGUAAAUCCUUCAGCAAUCCUAUGUAUCACAAGAAAACACAAACAUUUUUGAUACAAACUCAGCAUGGGACAAAACUUGUUAAAUAUGGAUCCGAUUUACAACUAGUUCAUAAUGAACAAUCGACGAAAGAAAAGUCUUCAGAGUCCGUUUUGUCACGUUCCAAUACUUUACCUGCAGCAGCAAAUCGCAUCCAGUCACUAAAGCAAAGUGAGAAACUAAAUCAUAAAGCAAGACGACCUUUGUCCAAAUCAGAUGAAAGAGAAUGUCUGGCGAAUGCAUUGCAGUGGCAUAUAGAAGAGCUUGUAGGGGGUAUUGUAUUCAAGGACAGUGAACUGCCAGACGAUCUUCUGGUGGAUGGCUGUCUUACAGAAGAUGAAUGUGCUCGUGUAAGAAAAAAGCUUGAUCGCAAAGACCAAGUUCGUGCCCUUCUUAGCAUUAUAAAAGGCAGAGAUUUGGACGUUCUAGAGCGAUUUCUGGAGCAUCUGAGAUCUCAGAAUGAGAAUGUUGCAAAAAGUAUUGAGCGAAAAUUUGAACAGAAUAAACAAGAUGGGAUGAAGUGUUCCGAAUGUGCACUCUGCAACCUGACUUCUAAUGUAAACCUUAAGUACAUCGCCGAUAAUUUAUGGAAAAACUGUCUUAUCGACAUUGGAUUGUUUAACUGGAUUAUAGAAACGGAUAGACCGGCAGGGGUCCAAGGAGAUCUUUGGCAUGGAGUCAUAAGUUCUCUCAAUAAACACUGUGAACAAAGUCCAUCACAAGUUCGCCGUAUUUUAGGUAAUGCCUUGACAAAGAAUCAUCAUUACCAUCACUUGGCACAAGGUGUUGUGUGGAUGAUAAACACAAAUAGAGCACUGGUAUGCCGUUGUGAAUUGCAACACAAUAUUAUGCCAGCUGGAUCAUUUCUUUCGUUACAAUCAUCGAGGUCCCCUCAAUCCUCGGAAUCUGAAAUUGUUACAGAUUCCCGCAGCGACGUAAGCGGAGUGGUUACCCAAAUAGAAAACCUAAACAUCAAAGUAGCAGUACGAGAAAAAAUACCACAUGCUAUCUUAGAAAUUGGCGAAGAAAAGGCUCCUGGCGAAGCCCAAAGGCUGAAAGAUGACACUAUGCGAAAAGGUAUCAAAAGUCCUAUGCCGACAAUAAUACCUGUAUCAGAGAAAGCGAGGCUGAAAGAUAAUAUUUUGUCUUUCAGCCAUUCCCACGUGCCUGAAUUGAAACGUGUAAUACUGCAGGAUGCUAAUACGCAUGAAGAAACCCAGACUUCUAUGCCGACGCCGAAGACUGAAUUUGAAGAAUCGAUGCAAGAUACUCGUGUAGCACAUAGACCUCCAGUUACCUACGGCAGGCCAGUCUUUGUGCUUUUAAAGGAUGCACUGGAGUCUACAGAUGUUUAGACAAGUUUAGGUAUCCAAAAUCCAACAGGGUAGUAGCCUUGUUUAUGUUCUUGUUAUAGGUGAAUCAUGUUUUAGAAGAUAUUGCAGUCAAAAAAACCCGCAUUUUUCUGUGGUAUAUUAGGCAUAUCGGCCAUUCUAUAAAAAUAGGAACAUACAACAGAAUUGUACCUAGUAAAGAAGAUCUAAGGGGGACAACUCUGAAUUGACCAAUAAACUGACGGCGGUCAAAAGUGAAAGAAAGACUAAAUAGGUCCUUUUCACAACAACUGAUCAGGCGGACAAAAUAUGACCUACAUUUGUGGCGGACAAAAUAUGACCUAUAUUUGUUUAAGUCUUUGUAUUCGAUACUAGUAUACAGCAUGCACACUUUUGCCAUGGCUUACACUGACAUUUGAGCCGCGUCAAGCAUAAACAGCCGUUAUCGUAAUUUUUUCACUUUUUCAGUUUAUUUCAUCAUAUAAUAGUACGUUUUUUAAACUUUCUUGCAAUGUAUUUAUUUCUAUAGGUUGAAAUGGACUAUACCUGCGUAAAAAUACAAAAUCGUAACCCACUCUACCAGACGAACGUCAAGUAACGUCAAAAACGUCGACGUUAUUAACGUCAACGUACAAAAAACAUGAUGACAGAAAAUAAAGCAAUCCUUCAAUUUACUUAUCUUAGCAGCAUCGAUGUACACAUAUAAUAAUAUUAGCUACACAUACUGCAGUGCGCUGAUAUGGAGUAUACACUACCAGUAAAUUCUAUGUGGGACUUGAGCGAAAGUAAACUACACAUUUUGUAACGAAAUUAUUUCAUUGAUUAGUCACUUCAUUAAUUUUGAUGUUAAUAAAUAAGUAAUAACAUA